UUUAAAAGAUGCAUACGUAAAUACGCUAAAAAAUAUGAUCCCUACAUAUUCUGUCAACGAAACAAUGUGAUCCAAGUAAAUACAUGUGGAGUGUGUCAUGUUAAGAUUAAAGCCAAGAACGCUAUUAUGUUAGUAAAGCAUUUGAUCGACAAACAUUACCAAAAAAUUAAGUCCUUUCCUCCGGGUAUAAUACCAAAAGAAUUACUACUUGAUUUUGAUCCUGACGAUAAAUUCGGAGACAUUCCAGCAUGCAUUGAGAAUCCUGUCGAUAAAUCCGAUGACGUUCCAACAGGCACUAAGGACCCAGCAGAUGACAGUUGGGAAACCAUCGACGUACCAUCAACUAGCACCAUUGCUCAACUACAUUUUGAUACUAAUCAGUCAGGUCAGUCAGGAAGCAGCCAGCCUGGUCAGUCAAGUCAGUCUAGCCAGUCAGGAGGCACCUCAAAAAAAUCUCCAAGUAAACGUAAAAGAAGCAGCUCUCAUCAGACAAAAGAACAUCCUAGUAAACGCAAAAAAGAUAGCUCCACUUAGGCAGAAGGACUUUCAAGUCAAUACAGAAAAUCCAGUUUUAAGGACAAUACGAACGGUUAUAGAGAUGAUUAGUGAUACCGCUAUGUCAAGCAACAUUAUUUCAAUAGUUCGACCUUUAGUUCCGAAUCAUAUAAUAUUUAAAUAA